GCAGAUCAUGAAAACGUAUCGGGGUCUUUACACCAGGCUAAGGGGACCGCAGUCGGGACGGAUGUUUCAUGUGCACUCGUAGUGGAGGCUUUCUUCUAAUUGCCCGUCCUGUCGGUCACGGCUGUUCACGGGAGAGGUGGAAGUCGUGAAAUGGGAGCUGAGAAGUGUGAUGGGUACAGCAAGAGGGUGCUUGUGACCGGCGGGGCUGGAUUCAUUGCAUCACAUAUGAUAAUAUCACUGGUGGAAGCCCAUCCUGACUAUUUUAUCAUUAACCUUGAUAAGCUUGAUUACUGCGCCAGUUUGAAAAAUCUUGAGCCUAUUUCGAAUAGACCGAAUUACAAGUUUUUGCAGGGUGAUAUCUGUGAUUCGGAUUUCAUAAAACACCUGUUUGAGACAGAAAAUAUUGAUAUUGUGUUGCAUUUUGCUGCACAGACCCAUGUAGAUCUUUCGUUUCGGCAUUCCUAUAAAUUUGCGUAUGUGAACACGUAUGGCACAUGUAUUCUUCUAAAUGCCGCGUAUGGAGCAGGAGUAGAAAAGUUUGUUUAUAUAAGUACCGAUGAAGUGUAUGGUGGAAGUCUUGAUAAGGAAUUUGAUGAAACUUCACCAAAACGGCCAACAAAUCCAUAUGCAUCGUCCAAGGCAGCUGCAGAAAGCUUUGUGCUGUCUUUCUGGGAAAGAUACAAGUUUCCAGUUGUGAUUACCAGAUGCAGUAAUGUUUAUGGACCACAUCAGUAUCCCGAAAAGGUUAUACCCAAAUUUAUUUCUUUGUUGCAGCACAACAGGAAAUGUUGUAUCCACGGCACUGGACACCAGACAAGAAAUUUCCUGUAUGCCACGGACGUUGUGGAAGCGUUACUGACCAUUUUGAAAACCGGCAAACUUGGAGAAAUUUACAAUGUUGGAACCAGUUUUGAAAUAUCCAUAUCUCAACUUGCUAGAGAGUUAAUAGAAUUGAUCAAAGAUACAACAACAGACACCGAAACAAAGGAAUGGGUGGAAUAUGUAAAUGACAGACCUAUAAAUGAUCUACGAUAUCCGAUGAAGUCUGAAAAAAUUCACAGUUUAGGUUGGAGACCUCAAGUUCAUUGGAAAGAUGGCAUUAGAAGAACAAUUGAAUGGUACAAAAAUAAUUUCCACAACUGGAAGGACUCCAAGCAAGCACUGGAGCCGUUUUUGUGCGACUCUUAAGAACAAAAGAUAAAAAAAAAUGAAGAACCAAAUCCGAUACAAUCGUUGAAUUCCAUGGCUUCGUUUUAACAGUGUUGAAGAAUGAAAGUGCUUUUAUGCCGUUA